AUGGCGAGUGGCGAGGCAAGGGUCGAGUAUGAGGUACUUGCUGCUCCAGACGGCAGGAUAUACUAUUACAACAAAAGAACUGGAGAGAGCAGCUUUUCCAAGCCCGAUGUACUCAAAGGGUCUGAUGAGGAUUUUGACGUAGAUCCAUGGAUCGAAUGCAGGAGCAAGAGGGGAAGGGUCUUCUACCACAACAGCAUCACCAGAGAAAGCAGGUGGAAAAGGCCUCCGGAAAGGAAGAAGGAAAGGACGAUGAUAGGGGGCGUGGGAAUGGACAUGAGGAUAACAGACCACGAGACAUCGAAGUACCUGCUGGGUAGGCUGAUGGAGCAGUAUGGAAUAACAAGCACAAAGGAUGCAUUCUACAGGCUGUCCACAGAGCCUAUCUUCAGAGCAAUAGAGAUGGGUACUAGAAAAGACCUAAUGAAGAAGUAUUUCGAGGAGCAGGAGAAGAGUGCCAGGGAGGAAGAUGAGCAAAAGCAAAGAUACUAUAUUAAUGAGGUUUGUAAGGUCGAUGCAGGAGUGUCUGACUUCUUUGGAUUCAACAGCAUAUUUUCCAAGCAUCCAUAUUACUCCAAGAUCAAGGAUAAGUUCGGAUGCUAUGAGGUAUAUGUUGGGAGGCACAUGGGGGGUACGACACCAGGGAGGCUUGAGGAGGUUUUCAGGAGCCUCGGGAUCGGCUUGAGCAGCUCGGUAGUCGAUGUUCUCAAGAUGAAGGAGAUGGAACCAUUCGACAGAAAGGCCAUUUUAUUCUCGUUUAUUCGGUACUUCCGCAGGCUAGAGAAGGAGCUUCUGUCGGCCAUUGAAGAGAGGAAGGCUGCAGCGGCCCAGAAUGCUCAGCAUCACAAAAAUGAGUUCAGGACACUUCUGAGGAAGCUGUACAGCGAGGGGCUGAUAUACUACAGAAUGAAGUUCAAGAAUGCAUUCCAUUUAUUCAAGGACUCCGAGUCGUUUCUGAAUCUUUUGGGAACCACAGAAAGCCCUAAAGAAGUGUACUUCGACUUCAUCAACGAUCUGGAAAACAGGCUGGGGAGAUACGAAAGGGAAAGAACAGGAAAGAUCAGCCCGACAGACAGAAGGGCGGUGGACAGGUACUUUGAAGCGAUCGCCGAGGAAAAAGAGGAGGGGGAGAUAUAG